CGAGCUGGACAGAGGACAGUUCUUCUGUAGCGCCAAUUGUAAAACGGAGAGUUCGAUAAACUGAUACCUGUUGUGUUGUGCACGUUUAUAACGCAUAGUUGAUCAAAAAGAUAAUAAUGCCGACUAAGGAAGAAGAGUUGCAACGCGAAAGGAUUCGAAGGAUGUUCAGCUGGAGUAACGGCAUUGUUUGUGACGGUGCCUUGAAGGAUACAGCCGAUCCAGAGAAUUUGAGCAACUUGGUCAGUAACGGCAGCACGAUGCAAUCAACCACGGAAGCAUCAGCAGACACGCCGUCGGUGUUGACGCCCACGGCUUUGUCCACUCCAGGCAUUAAUAAUCAGGCCUGGAAUCGACAGCAAGCCGUCAGCGUCAGGCACGCGUUCAAGUCCUAUGGAAGUAGCAAAAAUCCAAAUCAUGUUUUAUCUAACCUAAACAUGACCGUGGCUAAAGGAUCUAUAUAUGGGCUCCUAGGCGCCAGUGGUUGCGGCAAGACAACGCUUCUCUCAUGCAUCGUUGGCAGACGACGACUCAAUUCCGGCGAAAUAUGGGUUUUGGGUGGCAAACCUGGCUCAAAAGGUUCUGGAGUACCUGGAAAACGAGUUGGCUAUAUGCCCCAGGAGAUUGCGCUGUACGGUGAAUUUACGAUUCGCGAGACCAUGAUGUACUUCGGUUGGAUCUUUGGCAUGUGCACAUCUGAGAUUGUCGAGCGACUGAGGUUCCUGUUGCAGUUCCUUGAUUUGCCAUCUCAAAAUCGUCUUGUCAAAAAUCUUAGUGGUGGGCAGCAGCGACGAGUCUCCUUUGCAGUAGCUCUAAUGCAUGAUCCAGAGCUGCUCAUUCUAGACGAGCCCACAGUUGGAGUCGAUCCACUUCUCCGACAGAGUAUCUGGAACCAUUUGGUGCAAAUUACCAAAGACGGCAAUAAAACAGUCAUUAUCACAACUCAUUACAUUGAAGAAGCUCGACAGGCCCACACAAUUGGCCUAAUGCGAAGUGGACGACUGUUAGCUGAAGAAUCUCCACGAGCCCUCCUGCAGAUGUACAAUUGCCCAUCACUGGAGGAAGUUUUCUUGAAGCUUUCCAGAAAACAGGGUUCCUACCCACCCACUAACACAGAGCUCAACUUUUCUAAUAACAUGAAUUUCGCUUCAUCUUACAUUAGUAAGAAAGACGAGCCAGUAUAUGCGACCGAGGAGUCAGCAGUGAUUGGUCUCACUUUUCAUCAGAGCAAAGAAGUUCUCAUUCACGAUACAACCAAUGGAGUCGGCAGCCACUAUGACCUGAAUGGCAAGCCAUUACCAGGCCACAAGGAAUCCACGAUUGAGUGCGAGGACUGCGAUUUUACAGAUUGUUACAAGGUAACCAGUACCGGAAAAAUCCGAGCUCUUCUGCAAAAGAACUUUCUCAGGAUGUGGAGAAAUGUUGGCGUAAUGCUUUUCAUAUUUGCGCUGCCAGUGAUGCAAGUAAUAUUGUUCUGCUUGGCAAUCGGAAGAGAUCCCACAGGUCUCAAACUUGCAGUCGUUAAUAGUGAAAUGUUCUGGAACAACAAGAGUUGCCCAGUCUACGAUAAUUGCACUACUAGCUUUCUCAGUUGUCGGUAUCUAAAGUAUCUCGACAACGAUACGAUAAUAAAGGAGUACUACCCGGACCCAGAGUCAGCCAAGGAAGCCGUGCGGAGAGGUAAAGCCUGGGGAACUUUAUAUUUCACGGAGAAUUUCACCGACAGUUUGGUAGCUCGAAUGCUGCUUGGCAAGGACACGGAUAUGGAUUCCCUCGAUCAGAGCGAGAUUCGAGUCUGGCUUGACAUGUCUAAUCAGCAGAUCGGAUUGAUGCUGGCACGGAAUAUACAGUACUCGUACAGAGACUUUGCCAAGGAUCUGUUAACAUCAUGCAACGAAAAUUCAAAACUAGCAGAUGUACCUAUUCAGUUCAAAAAACCCAUUUACGGAUCGAACGAGCCCAGCUUCACAGAUUUCGUGGCACCUGGAGUCAUUUUAACGAUUGUAUUCUUCUUGGCUGUGGCGUUAACGUCAUCCGCCCUAAUCAUAGAGAGAAUGGAGGGUCUAUUGGACCGAAGUUGGGUGGCAGGCGUCUCGCCAGGCGAGAUCCUCUUCUCACAUGUAGUCACCCAGUUUGUCGUGAUGUGUGGACAGACGGCACUAGUUCUUAUUUUCAUGAUCCUCGUCUUUGGCGUCGAGUGCAAGGGUGAUAUUGGCUUCGUAAUUGUACUAACGAUACUUCAGGGUCUGUGUGGAAUGUGCUUCGGAUUCGUGAUUUCAGCAAUUUGUGAGCUUGAAAGAAAUGCCAUUCAGCUAGCAUUAGGAAGUUUCUAUCCAACUCUCUUACUAAGCGGUGUGAUUUGGCCAGUCGAAGGAAUGCCAACGAUCCUACGAUACGUAUCGCAUGGUCUACCACUGACAAUGGCGACAACCUCACUUCGUUCAAUGUUAACCCGAGGUUGGAGCAUUACGGAGCCAGACGUCUACAUGGGCUAUGUAUCAACGAUCAUCUGGAUCAUCGUGUUCCUCACGGUGAGCCUGCUUGUGCUCAAGUUCAAGCGUGGCUAAGCAACAGGGGUAACUACGGAAAAAAUAAACCUGGUCAAAAUGAGCGUUGUCAUUCAACUACACAUAACUAUACAGUUUAAAACAUCAAAUUGCUCCUUCUCUCUUUGUUUUUCGCUUUGAUUUAGUUUUUUUUAAUUUUUUUUACUCUUUUUUUUUUCUUAAUUCAAAAUGGCAGUAAAACUGCACCCUUUAAGUAAUUAAGAAUUUUUACAAGAGGGAAAGAGAAAAAAGUCGUCUGAAGAAAAAUAUGAUUUUUAGAGACUCAGAGAUGCGCAAAAGAUGUGUGUACCUGUUACUCGCGCGCCUUUGUCAUUAUUUUUAUGUUUUAAUUAUUGUUGGUUUUUGUCUUUGAAAAAAUAUAUCGAACAUCGUCGUCAAGUGGGAAAAUUAAAACGAGAUGUCAUAGCUUUGUCCCUCGCAUCGGACGAAUGACAGAAGUGUAGGACCUGUAUUUUUCCAAGUAUGAAAAAGGAUACGAGGUAAAUGUUGUACCUUUCUGUCCUCUGCUAUUCAUUUUGUGGUCUAUAUAUAUAUAAAUACGGAGUAAAGAAUUUUUAUCAUCGUGUAUAUUACACUUAGUGCUUGAACUUUUUCUAAAAUAUCUACGAAUGUACUUUGUGUUACCUGCAUGCGGGUCUGUGUACGUGUCAAUGUAAAAAGUUAAUGAUAUUUCUUUUCCCAUGCUGAGCCUUAUCUUUUACAACUUGACGAAGAUUUAGAAAAAAUUACUUGAUUUUUACUCGAGCCGCUGUUGGACAAAUUUGUUUUUAUGGUUCAUGCCUUGGAAAGUAAAAGAUUUUAAAAAAUCUAAAGGAAAAACUCAAGUGCCAAUAAAACUCAACUGUCAAUAAGAAAUUAGUGUAAAAUAUUUUAAAUGCUUACGCAAGGCCCAAUAUUAUUACGGGAAAUUAAGAAUCAGCAGUUUCUUUCGGAGUAGCUUAUUUGGAUCAAGAAUAUUUAGGACGUGGCCGGAUAAAAUUAAUGUUUUGAAAAUGGUGCUACCUACUGAAUAUAUAUUCUCAGUUGUAAGGAAAAGAUUAUAAAUAUGAAAAGAAAGCUAGAAUAAUCACUUAUCCAUACUUUGCUAUAAUCGAACAACCACGACUAUUUACAAUCCACUAAUGCUCAUAACUAAUACCACCCUGCCUUACCAGCAAAUUAUAAAGUCAGGUAUGAAUCAUUUGUCGGGGAGUCAGAAUUAGAAAACCAGGAUAGCACAGACUCUAAAUGAAAUUUACUGAAACCAUGUUUUCAUGCUAUUUUGACAAUUAUAGUAUUUUUUGAGCACAUUGUUGGCACUGCACACUGUCAAUGUGUAAUCUUAUCGACCGUUUUUUUGUUCAAUUCUUGAAAAAAUCAGCGCAAUCACAUGAAUUUUAUUGCAAGUCUUUAAAUGACCAGUUUACAAAGUUAAGAUACAAGGAAAUGGUUUUUUGUUGAUUAAAAAAAAAAAGUAGAACUUUCGGUGUAUUUAAAGAUUAUGUCCAUACGUACUGAUUAAUUAAGAAUUUGAUAUUAGUUUACCAUAUUUUUUUUGACAAUCAGAUUGAGCACAUUUUGUUCACAAUACUAAUACUUACCAGUGUUAUACCCCAAUUAAGUUUAACAAAUAUAAUUAACACUCACUUUUUUUUGCUUUUUGUUUUUCACCUUUUGUAACUUUGACGUAUGGUUUUGAUAAGGAAAAUAAUUUUCAACUAUUACAAUGCUCACACUCUACUAAAAAUUAUCAAUUGAACAUCUUUUAUUAAAACCUUUUUUCUCCAAACUAAUUUCUUUGUGAAAUAUAGUGAAGUAACUGAAAAAUUCACGGUUUCAGUAAAAAGUAGCUUAUUUUAUCACAAAAACCAUGGCACGUUCCUUACUUAUUCUUACUUUAUUAUUGUUUAAAAAUUUUCUUGUUAGCUUUGUUUUGUCAAAGUUUGUUCAGAGUCCGAUAAAAAUCCCUGGCUUCUCAAGUGCAUUAAGAUCUUUACUUAGACCUGACUCUAUUGUUGUCACCUAAGGGGUUAUUUAAGGUAGAGAGCAGAAGCUAGAAAGGCAAAGCACAAGGCUGAAAUGGCAAGUCUAGCUCUGGAUUGUAUAUAUACUUACGAAAGCGCUAAGUACAAGGGCAUUUGGACUUAGUUUCUUUUACAUUUCUGUAAAUACAGAUAUACAGAAAAAUGUUAUUUCUGCGAUUUUUUUACAUCAUGAGAACUAGUAAAACUCGCAAAAUUAAAUUUGAGAUCCUGGAAAGUUUUUAAGUCUAUUUAUAAACAAGCAUAUGUUUUUUGUAGAUUUUUUACUGUAGUUAAUGCAUUCAAAUGAAAAAAAUUAGUUUAGCUCGUUUGAAUUAUUCAUAAAUUAUACACAACGAUAAGUUUUACCAAAUUUUCUCUUUCUCCUUCAGAAGUUCAAAAAUUUACACACUAUUUGUUUAGUCAUUUUAUUGUUGCAAUAGUUCUCUUAUAUCACUUUACAUUUCUAUACUUGAUCAUAUUGAUUUAUUGUGUACAUGACAAAUUAUUUUGAUUGAAUGAAAUGUUCGGAAAAAUUUUAUAUUUUGCCUACUGAAAUCUUGAAAAAUUCGGAAAUUAAAAAUUCUUCCCAUAUUUGUAAAAAUACUGGUUUGUGCUUUUCUGUCUUAUGCUCUCUGUCGUGAAUAACUACCUGCGGUCACGGUAGCAGCGGGUUUCAGGUUGCGGUUUAUAUAACUUUGGGGGUGCGGUAAGCUUACGAGUUCGAGAUCCGGCCUUUACUCACUUGGCUAGCACCUCUGGGAAACUAAUUUCUCAAGUGCACAUUUACAACUGUGAUCUGGUAGUUCGGAAGCCAUAUAAAACAAGAAGUCCUCAUUGAUAUAAAAGUUGCGUUGAUUUACAAUAAGCCUGAGGUGGUUUUUUAAUAUGCCAAUGACGAUAGCAAUACAUAUAGAGUAACACUGCAAUGCAGAGUCACUAUACCCACAGUUUAUCAGAAUAGUUGUAAAUUAAUGAUGAACAUCAUAGCCAUCAAUGCAGCAUAAUUUUUUGAGAGCAUGCACUACUUUGAGAGAGAUAUUAACUAUUAAAACAUUCAAAUAUUCAAGUGGUAAAAAAUGAAGUAUACAUAACCACAUUAAAAAUAUUUUGAUUUCAAGUUGUGUACUUAUAAACGGUUUUACAUCAUAUCGACGCCUCGUACGAAGUCUAUCCUUGUUCAGAUUUUCCAAUGUUAAUUUAAAUGAGAAAAUGUAAAUAAAGCUAGACUUCGUACGAGGCGUCGAUGUACAGAUGCAUUUACAGAUGCACUUUUUUCUUCAAACUAACAGAACUCAUUAUUUCACCGUAAGCUCCAAAAGAUGGAACUUUCAAUCCGCUUUGUCGAACUUUAAUUUCGUCUUCCGGUGCAGGAUUGGUGAAAAAUCGUACACAGCCCAAGGGAGGAAACAAAAAAUUCCUCAGGUGGCAUGCUUAUCAAUCUGAGACAUUCUUUAAUUUUCUACCCUAGGUGAGUAAUGUACUAUUUCUUUACUCUUAGACAAAUCAUUGUUAGCAGAUGGCGAAAUAUGUAUGGCUUAGAUGGUCAAUGUACGCCAUAGUCGUAUACAGAGAAAAGAAAUUUCACAUUUUAUUGCAUUUUAACUAAAUUUUGUUAAUAAUUGCGUGACAACAUUAACGUAUUUUUUGUUUCAUGUCAAGCAAUUAGUAAGUUAAUAAUCAACUUCAUUUACUGUUGAGACUAAGUAAAAAUCGAUACUAUUGCAGCUUGCCACAAAAAAAGAAAGGUUUUGUAUGAGCAUUAUGGAUUUUCGUGUGACGUUAAUGGGUCUCCCUAUGUAUAUACGAUAUGAGUCCUAGCAAAUGAAAGUUUUAUGAAAAUUUAAUGCUAUUUAGGACUGGGGAUGCAUAAAACAGAAGGAAACGUAAUAAAACAGUGGGCUUACACAAAUUUGAACUGCUGGUUUUCUUAAAAUGCUCAAUAAAUUAUAAGCAAUUCACUAGACUACUAAUUGUGAUUGCUUAAAUCAAUCAUGAUUUAAUUUUUUUAUUCUAGAUAACUAAAGAAAUUUUUUUCUAACAAUAAAUUUUUGAGAUUGCUGUUGAAAAUGUAUUUUUUUAAAACACAUAGUAUUUUCUACAGCAUCAAUCUGGAGUAAAUACACGUUAAAAUUUUUCUCAGUCAAUGAUAAAAUUUGAUAAUCUUUAUCAUACUGGUAUCACCUUGGAUACUUGUUUUCAAAAACCGUUUUUCGUCAGCCCCCAUUGCUUGGACCGCAUUUCCGGACAAUGAUUUAAAUAAGUAUUUGUGAGUGUAUGUGUACGUAUGUUUUAAAGUCAUGUGUCCGAUAAAUUAAGUCGUCAAAUGUUGUUUAUUUUGUUAGUAAGAGGAAUGGGAAGAAUAAAGAGAUUUACAAUAUUUUAGCUACUGUAUUAUAUACGUAUGCAAAUAGUUUCAUUCACAAUGGUACGAUCGAGAUAGGUAUUUUUGAGAAAAAAUGUUAAAAUUAGUAAGAAACUAUACGAACUAUGCAAACUAUACUUAAAAGUUAUAAUGGUAUUUAAGGAUUGUAAAUUGUUUCAUUUUAUUAAGGUAUCUCACAACUUUAAAAAGAGAUGAUCGACCAAUUUUGUGUACACGAUAUUUUAUAAACUGUUGAUAUUUGUUAUUAUUCUAGUAUAUUUAAAUGUCAUCUUUGUCAGUUAAAUGAAAAUUUGCUUACAAAUUUCAUGAUAUUGAAUUGAAAUGAAGCAAAAAAACAAGCCCGAUAAUCGCAAGGCAACGAAAAAUGAUUAUUCACCGUGUGAUGCGCUUUAAAAGUACAAGACCUAAAGAAAGGUAGAGGCUGAGAGUACGUAGACAGCACCAAAUAUACAAGAAUAUAUGGAAACGUUGCCUUAAUUAAUUAUAAAUGUGACGAAUUUUUGUAAGUGAGUUAAGUGGAUUAAUUAAUGAUACAUGAAUGACAAGCAUCUAGUAAAAAUUUGCCUUGUCAUUAUUCACAGCUGAACAUUUAUAAUGAAUUUAAAAGAAAGAGUUAACAUAAAAACUAUUUUUGGUUGAGUCAUGCACGACAACGUGACAUGAUAAUUAUAAAAAACAAAAUAUGUUUAAAAUUUAAAAAAAUAUUAAUUAAUGACUUCCUUAUGUUCCUGUACGUUUCUUGCUAUCUGAAAUGUUUUUUAAGGUGCUGCUUAUUCAGUGUAUCUUACUACAAACUAAUCAAUGUUUCGUAAUGCCUACUGACAUUUUACCUUUUUAACUGAUUCUCCUUUAAAUCAAAAAUAUUGUACAGUUCACAAAAGAAAAAGAAAAAUUUCAAAACUGACGUAAGCAACAUAAUUUCUGUUUAUGUCAAUGCGAAUUAAAAAAAAAACAAAAAACGAAAAUAAAGUAAUGUUAAAAUAAAUAAAUUGUAAUAUAAACGAUAAACACUCGAGCUGGGAUGAAGGUAAACUUGUAAUUAGUUUUUAUUUUUUAUAAGCUAUUUUAGAUGUUUUAUGGUUAGCUCUAAUAUAAUGUACUUUCCCAUGACUUAAAUAUACGUCUAAUAAUUUAACUUGUAAUGAUUACAACAAUCUUAAAAAUUCA